UAAAAAUGGGCUGAUCACUGGUUGUUGAUAGCAAAUGAUGGUGGAGGAUUAGGAGUGUUUUAGUUCAGCUGAAGAUGUAGUAAAAUUUGUCGAGACUGUUAACUGAAUAAAUUUUUUUUCCUGUUUUCAUGCAGGGUUCUUAUUAGGCCACAUCCUGCAAUUUGGCGCUUGGUUCAUGGGAUGGCUGUUGUUUACCUUGUUGCUCUCACUUUUUUGCUUUUUCAGAAGCGUGAUGAUGCUCGACAGUUUAUGAAGUUUCUUCAUCCUGAUCUUGGUGUUGAACUUCCAGAAAGAUCUUAUGGUGCUGACUGUCGUAUAUAUCUGCCUGAAAACCCUGCAAGCAGGUUUAAGAAUGUUUAUGAGACACUUUUUGAUGAAUUUGUUCUAGCUCAUGUUAUUGGAUGGUGGGGGAAGGCAAUAUUGAUUCGUAAUCAGCCCCUUCUUUGGGUGUUAUCAAUUGGUUUUGAGUUGGUGGAGUAUACUUUUCGUCACAUGUUGCCAAAUUUCAACGAGUGCUGGUGGGACAGUAUUGUUCUUGACAUCUUGAUCUGCAAUUGGUUCGGUAAGAGUUUUGGAUCCAUUCUAUUUUGCACCGGAUUAAAAAGGAAGGGCUUAGAAAACGUCAAUUACGAUCAUAAUUCUGUGUAA